UUCAAAUUAUCAAUUAGUGAAAAAAAAAAUGAAAAGAGAAGAGAUUGUUAAGAAUCGGCAUUUCUCCGCCGAUAAGAGAUGGUUUUUCCCUAUUGCUAUUGCUGGAAUUAUUGCCGGAGCGAUACUUAUCUCGAGUUUCAUAAAAACCGCCGAUAAUUCCCUGCUGUGCUCUCUCGCCAACUCCAGAUCCCAAGCCGUAGCUGAAUACUCCACCACGUCGACCCAACUCCAAGCCAUCAUCCACUACGCCACGUCACACAUCGUACCGCAACAGAACUUUGAGGAGAUCUCCGUAACCUUUGACGUCCUCAAGAAACGCUCUCCUUGCAACUUCCUCGUCUUCGGACUCGGCUACGAUUCUCUCAUGUGGGCUUCCCUCAAUCCAAGUGGCAGCACCGUAUUCCUGGAAGAGGAUCCCCAAUGGGUCCAGACCGUGCUCAAAGACGCACCAAGCCUCCAUGCGCACGCCGUAAAGUAUCGUACGCAGCUCAAGGAAGCAGUCGAUCUGCUCUCCCAUGUCCGGUCGGAACCGAACUGUUUUCCGUCGAAAGCUUACUUACGUGGCAACGAGAAGUGCAAGCUUGCCUUGACGGGGUUUCCCGAUGAGUUUUACGAUACGGAGUGGGAUUUGAUAAUGAUCGAUGCGCCGCGUGGAUAUUUCGCGGAGGCGCCAGGUAGGAUGGCAGCGAUAUUCUCGGCCUCGGUUAUGGCGAGGAAUAGGAAAGGAUCCGGUGUGACGCACGUGUUCUUGCACGAUGUUGAUCGGAGGGUGGAGAAGGUUUUCGCCGAGGAGUUUUUGUGUAGAAAACACUUGGUGAAAAGCGUUGGGAGACUCUGGCAUUUCGAAAUUCCAUCCGCUACUGACAUGAGCAGCCACGACGGUGCUCGGUUUUGCUAAAAUGCUCCCCUUCGGUUCAUUGCUUUUACAGUUUACUAGUAUUUUUUUUUUAAAAUUAACUUUCUAGUAUUGUUAUUUUCAGAUUUUUUUUUUUACUACUACUAAGUAAAAAAAAAAUGGAAUAUCAUGAUAAUGCCAAUGAUAAAUGAUACUAUAUACUUUAAAAUAGUGGUAAUUUUUAUUUUUACCCAGGUAGUGUUUUUCUUGUUUCGAGUUUGAGUGCUGUACCUAUAUUUUUGAAAAAUAAAAGUUGGGUUUUAUUAUUAUUAUUUUUUAUUGAGAUAGGUGUUGGAGGUUGAGUUGAUGGAGAUGGCUAUAGCUGCAGUGUUUUGCUUGCAAAAUUGCAUUAGCCAUUGACGGACGUUUACAGGGACUGGUUGCAGGUAAGUUGCUUCAUGAGAGGCAUCAUGGUCCGGAUGGAAAAGGACAAAAAAAUGAACUGGUUUCUCAAGGCAGAAAAAAAACAUGUGAAUAUGACGCACCAGCUGUGUGGAGCUGUUUUUUUGGUUAGACAAAGACAAAGCUCCUGCUAGUGCUAGAGCAGAUAUUACAGAGAGAAAGACAAAAUACACCAGUGCUUGUCAAGGGUUUUUAGUAAGGAGCUCUACCCUGCUCUACCCUGCUCUGGUUUAUGACAAUUUGUUGUUAAUCUUAUUUUUUUAUUGAGCCAACUGUUGGGUGUUGUUUUUAUUGUAGACUUUAUUGUAAAUUGAUGCAAAGUCUUGGGGUUAGGGAUGACGUUGUUUUCUCAUGAAUUUCUGCGAAUAUUUUUGUGGAAAAGGCUUGCAGUUGGAUGUAUCAUUUGCCUUUUUUCUUUUUCUUUUUUUAUUCCUUUGAUAGGAUUGGAUGGUUCAUUUGUUAGUCAUGUUUCAUCUGUCUUUCAA